CCUUCUCCUUCUGCGUGCGCUCUCUGCCCCAACUCUUCUCCAAUCGUGCGUAGACACCGUUUCAACCAAUAAGAGUCCAGUCUGGGGGCUGCGUAGUAACGAGCAGACCACCAUUCUAGCAGCGGCUACAGAGACUCUGCGCAUCAGCCAAGGACAACUUGCAGGCCGGGCCGUUACAGGCACCGGGAUAGGUUCUUCAACGACGUCGUUGUGUCUUGUUUUUUUUAUCCUUCUCAUCUCCAGCGCUAGAAGUGUGAUUGGAUAGCAAAAGUAUAGCAAGGGUAAACCCUUAUUUGCUCUAUAAAAUUGUCGACGCAGCGAGUCGGAUAGCCUAUCUGUCUCUCUUGCGCCCCCGACUCCACGGCUGACAGCCUUCAGAAGUGUAGCAAAGAUGAUAGCUGCUCAGCUUUUAGCAUACUACUUUACUGAGCUCAAAGAUGACCGGGCUAAAAAGAUUGAUAAGUACCUGUACUCCAUGCGCUUCUCGGACGAGACGCUGCGAGACAUCAUGUGUCGCUUCAGGAGGGAGAUGGAGAACGGUCUGACCCGUGACACCAACCCCACCGCCAAUGUCAAGAUGCUGCCCACCUUCGUGAGGUCCAUCCCUGACGGCUCAGAGAAGGGAGACUUCAUUGCUCUGGACCUGGGGGGGUCAAACUUCCGUAUCCUCCGCGUGAAGGUGUCCCACGAGAAGAAGCAGACGGUUCUGAUGGAAUCGGAGGUGUACGACACCCCGGAGCACAUCAUCCACGGGAGCGGAACACAGUUAUUUGACCACGUAGCUGAGUGCCUUGGGGACUUCAUGGAGAAACAGAAGAUUAAGGACAAGAAGCUCCCCGUGGGAUUCACGUUCUCCUUCCCCUGCGCACAGACCAAGCUGGAUGAGGCAGUGUUGUUGACCUGGACUAAACGCUUCAAAGUCAGCGGAGUGGAGGGCAUGGACGUGGUCAACCUUCUGAACAAAGCCAUCAAGAAACGCGGGGACUACGAUGCAGACAUCAUGGCCGUGGUCAACGACACAGUAGGAACCAUGAUGACCUGUGGCUUUGAUGAUCAGCGCUGUGAGGUUGGCAUCAUCAUAGGUACUGGAACCAAUGCGUGUUACAUGGAGGAGCUGAGGCACCUGGACCUGGUGGAGGGGGACGAGGGCCGCAUGUGCAUCAACACCGAGUGGGGCGCCUUCGGAGACGACGGCACGCUGGAGGACAUUCGCACCGAGUUUGACCGUGAGAUCGACCGCGGCUCCCUCAACCCUGGCAAGCAGCUCUUUGAGAAGAUGGUGAGCGGGAUGUACAUGGGGGAGCUGGUGAGGCUGAUCCUGGUGAAGAUGGCCAAGGAGAGCCAGCUGUUUGAGGGCCGCAUCACCCCAGAGCUCCUGACUAAAGGCACCAUCGAAACCAAGCAUGUGUCUGCCAUGGAGAAGAGCAAAGAGGGCCUCUCCAAAACCAAAGAGAUCCUGACCCGUCUGGGCGUGGAGCCGUCUGACGAGGACUGCAUUGCCGUGCAGCACAUCUGCACCAUCGUGUCCUUCCGCUCAGCCAACCUCAUCGCCGCCACCCUGGGCGCCAUCCUCAACCGCCUCAAGGACAACAAGGGGGUGCCACGCCUGCGCACCACCGUGGGCAUCGACGGGUCGCUCUACAAGAUGCACCCGCAGUAUUCCCGACGCCUCCACAAGACCGUCCGCCGCCUGGUGCCCGACUCAGACGUGCGUUUCCUGCUGUCCGAGAGUGGCAGCGGUAAGGGCGCCGCCAUGGUGACUGCCGUGGCGUACCGUCUGGCAGACCAGUCCCGGCAGAUCGCUCAGACGCUGGCUGAGUUCCGUCUCAGCAAGGCCCAGCUGCUGGAGGUGAAGAAGAGGAUGAAGAUUGAGAUUGAGAGGGGCCUGAAGAAGGACACCCACGGCACCGCCACCGUCAAGAUGCUGCCCACGUUCGUGCGCAGUUGCCCAGAUGGGUCUGAGAACGGUGACUUUCUGGCUCUGGAUCUUGGAGGGACAAACUUCAGGGUUCUGCUGGUGAAGAUCCGCAGUGGCAAGAAGCGAACCGUGGAGAUGCACAACAAAAUCUAUGCCAUCCCCAUCGAGAUCAUGCAGGGCACUGGAGAAGAGCUGUUUGAUCACAUCGUGUACUGCAUCUCUGACUUCCUGGACUACAUGGGCAUGAAGAACGCUCGCCUACCCCUGGGCUUCACCUUCUCCUUCCCCUGCCAGCAGACCAGCCUGGAUGCAGGUAGACUUGUCACCUGGACUAAAGGCUUCAAGGCGACUGACUGUGAGGGGGAGGACGUGGUGGAGCUCCUCAGAGAAGGCAUUAAGAGGAAAGAGGAAUUUGACCUAGAUGUAGUAGCCAUUGUUAACGACACCGUGGGAACCAUGAUGACCUGCGCCUAUGAAGAGCCAUCUUGUGAAAUUGGUCUGAUUGCAGGUACUGGAAGUAAUGCCUGCUACAUGGAGGAGGUACGUAACAUUGAAACUGUGGAAGGUGACGAAGGCCGCAUGUGUGUUAACAUGGAGUGGGGAGCCUUUGGUGACAACGGAUGCUUAGACGACAUCCGCACCCAGUACGACCGAGCAGUGGAUGAGAACUCACUCAACGAAGGGAAACAGAGAUAUGAGAAGAUGUGCAGUGGUAUGUACCUGGGAGAGAUUGUGCGAAACAUCCUCAUCGACCUGACGAAGCGUGGGUUCCUAUUCAGAGGCCGGGUCUCUGAGACUCUGAAAACCAGGGGGAUUUUUGAAACUAAGUUCCUCUCCCAGAUUGAAAGUGACCGGCUGGCCCUGCUCCAGGUAAGAGCCAUUCUUCAGCAGCUGGGGCUGAACAGCACAUGCGAUGACUCCAUCAUCGUGAAGGAGGUGUGCGGCACGGUGUCCCGCCGGGCUGCCCAGAUCUGCGGCGCGGGGAUGGCUGCGGUGGUGGACAAGAUUCGGGAGAACCGUGGACUGGACCACUUGGACGUCACUGUAGGGGUGGAUGGGACACUCUACAAACUGCAUCCACACUUCUCCAGAAUCAUGCAGCAGUCUGUGAAGGAGCUCGCCCCUAAAUGUGAUGUCACCUUCCUGCUCUCGGAGGAUGGCAGUGGCAAGGGUGCUGCCCUCAUCACUGCCGUUGGCUGCCGCCAGAGGGAGCUAGAGCGCCAGCAGCAACACUGAGGCUCCGUCCGCCGACCAGCGGGGUCCACCCGCCCACCCCUGUCCUCCGUGUUCAUGGAGCAGUUUCCACGGUAGCCUGGCUCCAUCACUGCCCCGCUCCCACUAACAGCCCGAUCAGAGAAAAGGGAGAUGAGAGAUCUCGGAAUAUUGUAUUUAUUUUGCAUUGCACUAAAUAUGCCGUUUUAACAGCAUUUGUUAAGUUUUCCCUCUGUAAGCUCAUUGUCAAGUAUCUGAGUGGUGGGAACACCUCGGCUCUGAAAUAUUCAUGUAUUGCCAACUUUUGUUUUGUACAUAGAGGGAUAGGUAUUGCACUGGUACUGUAUGUAUAUGUAGAGAACAGCCACCCUCUUCCUUAUGAAGCACUGGAUUAUUUUUGUUAGUUAGUGACUAUGUUCCAGCUAUCUCAAUGAUUUUGUAUUUCUACACACCUUUCCUACAGAUGCACUCUUUAAUAUAUAUCCCUCUUUAACACUCCUCUGGAUUCCUCUGAUUGUAUUCUUUGAAAUAACAGCAUGUUGCCUCUUGCGCAUUUAGCAGUAGUCCCCGGCUUUUAAUACAAAUGUAUUCAGGAAUCUUUUAACCAUGGUCGGCAGAACACUACCUAGAGAGAUAGAUGAUUUUGUUUCUUUUAAGGCAAGAACAAAUGAUGAUACUGGCAAUAGCCUAAAAAAAAAGGGAUACGAAAUAGAGAUACCCCUGUGUUUACUUGUUAAUUGUGAAUUGCUAAACUAUACUGUAGGUGUUGUGUUAAUCCCACCAGUUUCACAUUGUGUGCACAAAGAAUAUGUAUUUGUCAGGCCCUUGAAACACUUCCACUGAGAGCUUUAUGUGUUGGCUACCCUGGCUGAAUGUGUUGUGGGUUGUACGAUGUAAGAAGGUGUAGCUUUACAUGCCCUGAAGCUGUGUGCAUGCCUUAUUUUGAGAGGAGGAAUUGGUAAGGUUAUUUAUUUUAUACAUAAAAAACUUGUGCUGAAGACACUCAUCAGUGAAUACAUUAAAUUUCUAUUUUGUUGUGCAA